GUCAACGCAAUCGAUCAAAAGCAUCACGGGGCAACGGCAAUGGAAAAGUGGCCGACUUUAAAGGAUGCCUGCUUCCGAGCCAUCCACGAGCAACAUUUCAGCGCUGUGGGCACCGCGGCGAUUCUCAAUCUGCCAGCAGACCUGAUAAAAGAGCUUCUUCCUCUCCUGAAUGUGUGUCAGCUGGACGAGCUUCAACCAGGGCUGGAGCUCAAAGGAAUAUCCACGUUCUCGUCAUGGAUGAAGUUCUACCGGCGUUUUCAGAGCAGGCGCAAGCAAAAAAUCUUUCUCGCUGAGCAAGAGGUGAGAGUGGAAGCGAUGCGAGUGAUGUUUGCCGAGCUCCUCCGCACUUCCUCCCUCGACAUGGACGUCUGGAAAAAUGUGAGCUUUCCCACCUUCGUGUCGACAGCCAUCAAGAGCGUCAACCACGUGACGUUCAGCUCCGACAUGCGCCCCUACGUGGACUUGACUUCGGGGGAGCCGACUCUUCUCGACAGUCUGGAGAAGACUGUGGAGAAGCUGACGGUGGUGUUGAAGGACGAAUGGAUGUCCCGGGAUAUGUCCCAACUGCUGUUCUUCAUGAUCCAUCGUCUUCUGGACCACGGCGCGGUUAAACACCUCAUCCUGUCCUCGCCUUUCGUCGACUUCUUGACCUGGCUGCUGGGUCACCGAGGGCAUCGGUAUCGACCUCUCACGGAAUGGCAGAACAAUGAAACUUUGGGUCUCGGUACUACUAAACGUUUUCCUUAUGAUGAAUAUUUCAAAGAAUUGGACGACGAAGACGGUCCCUCAAUCAAACUCAUGAGGAUGGAGGCGUCAUACUGUGAGACUCCACGGUACCGUUGUAAAGACUGUUAUCCCAGCCGCAUGACGCCCUAUCCAGAUUCAAAGCUCGAAAGUCUGGAACUGAGUGUGCAUUUCCCGGAGCAGCUGGCGGAUAUCAUCAAAAUCCUGCCCACUUUUGACAGCCUCACCUCUCUGACGCUGUGUAGUUGGUGUGAGUGCAGCUUCUUACGUCGCUGUCGGGCAGAGUCCUCUCAUCUCCAAAAUGACCUUUUCAGGGAAAAAAAACUGCUAUCUUGCUUAAGUCAGCAAACACCACAUCAGUUGGUAUGAUAGUUUGUACAGGCGUUACUCACUGUUUUGUCCUUCGCUUUCUAUCGCAUUUCUUAAAAUCAGACUUAAGUCACAGGAUUGUUUUUCCACAAGAACCGUUGCAAUAAGGGCGAGCCGGGACGAAAGAGUGUGUAAAGUUUGGCAUAGUUUCACGCUUAGGAACCUAAAGUGCGAUGUGCCCAUUGGAAAGUACAGCUGCACAUCUACGAGGAAGUAAACAUAAGUAGCGUAAUAAAUACAGCCAGUUUGAAUGAAUUGUAAUCCAUAACAGGUGGUUUAGGUAGAGGGACAGUGGACACAGCCACUUGUGCUCUUUUAAUCGCUUUAUUCAACAAACAAACAACAAAAGAGCGGAAUCACGAGCACAUUUUUACCCGCCCUGUCGGUGGCGCCACGCUCAGAAAGUUGCCCAAGAGCAUGAAUAGAUUUGUUUUCUAGCAUUUUGCAACACGUUUAAAUAAUCCACAGACAUAACAGACGACGUGGGGGUUUUCCCUGACAGUGACAAUAUGCAACAUUUUAAGGUCAUAAAUCGUUCUUUCCAUUUGGCAACCAAAACUAAAAAAAUGCCAGAGUGCCUGAUUAUAGAAACGGUUUGGUGGUGGCGUUUUUCAUGGAUUUGGGCAAUUUGACUUUGCGGCUUCCACUGUGGUUGAUUGUUCAACUGUUGUGUGUUGUGUCGCAGCCACCGUUCCUAUCAGGCACAUACACGACCUGGCAAAAGCUUUGCAGUCUUUGGCUUCGCGGCCCCACCGAUCCCUCCGCCGUCUGGCCGUCU